AUCGAGGUUGAAGGCAAACCAAAAGAAGUAAAAUGGUUAAAGGCUGGCUCACCAGUAGAUGCAAAAGUUGCAAAAGCAAACGAUCUUGGCGAUGGCAAGUAUCAGUUAGUAAUCGACGAUAUCAAUGAAAAUGAUAUUGGUGAAUAUGCGGUGCAGUUACAAAUUAUCCGGAUUUUUUCAGCUCUAGAAGUACUAAAACUGAAGAAGGGCCUGGAAGAUAAAGAGGUGCAAAUCGGAACGAAGCUUCGCCUGUACGUUGAAGCAGAAGGACAACCAAAAGUUGUGAAAUGGUUCCAUGGAAAAGACGAAAUUAAAUCCAACAGGCGAGUCAAAAUUGAACAGGCUGCUCAGGAAUACAGUCUGGAAGUUGAAGAAGCGGAAAAAUCUGAUGAAGGCCCAUAUCGUGUGGUGCUAUCCACCGAAACCGAAACUAUUGAGUCAUCUUGUACGGUAACUGUUACGGAAGGACAAGUCACACCAACCUUCAAAAAGGGACUUCAGGAUCAGAGCGUUCCAAAAGGAUCA